AUGAAUUAUGUUGUCUCGUCUUCAUUCUCUGUCUUCUGUUAUGUUUCAGCCUCCAAGGACAUUGACAGACCUGUUGGAACAGACACUGACUUUGUCAUCAAACUGGAGUACCAGGAGAAUGGCUCCCUGUUCUCGGAGCUCAAGUUCUACCAGAGGGCAGCCAAACCCGAGAGCAUGCAAAAAUGGAAGAGAAACAAGAAGCUGGACUUCCUGGGCAUCCCGACGUACUGGGGGUCAGGACUUGCAGAGUAUAAUAAACUCAGGUAUCGUUUUAUGGUCAUGGAUCGACUGGGAAGUGACCUUCAGAAAGCUUGUGAGUCCAGUGGAGGCCGACUGAAGAAGACCACUGUUCUCCAGCUUGGACAGAGACUGGUGGAUAUACUGGAGUACAUACAUGAGAAUGAGUACGUCCAUGCUGACAUUAAAGCUGCCAACCUCAUGCUGGGUUACAGGGACCCUGAACAGGUCUACCUUGCAGACUAUGGGCUGUCCUUCAGAUACUGCCCUGAUGGAGUCCACAAAGAAUACAAGGAAAACCCCAAGAAGGGCCAUAAUGGAACCAUCGAAUACACCAGCAUCGAUGCCCACAAAGGACUCGCGGCAUCUAGACGUGGUGACCUCCAAAUUUUGGGUUUCUGUCUCCUUCACUGGUUAUGUGGGUCUCUGCCUUGGGACGAUGUCCUCAAAAAUCCAACUCAGGUCCAGGAGGCAAAGACCAGACUGAUGGAUAAUCUGCCACAUUCAGUCCAGCAGCUGUCAGUGAGCGGAGCCAGCACAGAUGAGGUGGCCAAAUUCCUCCUUUAUGUGAACAAACUGGGCUACCAAGAGAAGCCCGAUUACCAGUAUCUUAAAAGCCUGUUGGGCAGUGCUGUCAGGGGAGGACUUGAUUUGUCCAAGCCACAGGGAGCUGCAGGGGAAUCGCCCACCAAAGAUCCUCGAGCCAAGGAAAAGAAAGCAGGAGGAGCGAGCGGAGUCUCUGGAGCCAAAGCUGCACCUCUACAGGACCAUGAUGAAGUCCAUGAAGGGGCAAAGUGCAAAGCAGUGCCAGCUCGCUACAGAGGACCACUCAUCAAUAAACCUAAACCAGAACAGAAGGAAGAAGUUCUCCCUGCUGUCAGAAGGUCCCCGAGGCAAAGGCCUGUGUGCAGUUAUGAAGACAUCGACAGUGAGGAAGAGGAAGAACGGCCCAAACCCAUUGCUGCACGUUAUCUCAGAAGUCCUCCAGUAAAGCCCAGAGCUCAACCCAAACAGAAACAUAACCCCACAAGGACAAGCAGCAAAACAGAUGACGUGCCCCUGAUCUCAGCGAGAAUGGAGCGCCGAGUCUUCCCACAAAGGAGAAAAGAAGAGCAAGCAAACGGUUACAUGGACAGGCAAACACAGCACAGAGCGGUAUACAGCCAUCCAAAGUACUGGGAUAGCCAGCUCUACUACAGAGAUGCUUUGGGUAAAUGGGAAGAGUCUGUUCCCAAAAACUCAAGUCCUGAAGCCGGUCCCCAAUGGAGUGAAUGGCUGAUGUCCUGGUUACUCUUUCUGGGCGCCUUUCUUUUACUGCUUGCUGUUGUCAGAGUUUGCCAAAGUACAUUGAAGCCCCUUUGAGGAGCUAAUGGAUCUACGAGUUUUAACAGCUCCUUUCAAAGCUCCUUCCCAAAGUGGAGAUGGAGCAGCCGGGAACACAAAGCCUCUCAUCAGGACUUCUGGGCUGCCAUUUUCACAGUGAUGGGCUGAAAUAGAAGGACAAGCCUCAGUUUAUUCUGCCUAUUAGAUGUUCUGUAAAGGUAAACAUGCGAUGAAAGAUUUCUUUAUGAUAAAAAGAUGAAGUGGGCUCUCGUUUCUGACUGCAACUCACACGCUCGAAUAAAACCGUCUUUGACUUUGAAUCGGUGGCGAGCUGCAUUCACAGACACGCAGUAUCACACGCUUACUCCUUUAUCAGACGAGGAGUAGCUUCAGUCAAAGUGUAUGAAUGCAGCACAUUGUUGAAAGCGCAGUGGCAGAAGAAAAGGCUACAGGAUGUAUAGAGGCAUGCUAAUUAAUAAGCUGAAUAUCUAUUGAGGGCUUUCUGAAGGCAGCUGUCAGUCACACUGUGAGGCACGCACAUACCUUACUGCAGUAAGGACACUCUCCAAAAACAAUGUUGAAGCUCUGCCUGCUGGAGUGCAGCGCUCGCAGCCACUGAAGGCAAAAGAGAAAAGAUCAAAUCAUUACCUUGAAUCUGAUGUGUGGCUCAUAACAGCACUUUCAAUAUACACUCUGUACAGCUAUGUUUAAGAUUAUCCAGCACCCUUGAAGCAUUGAAGGGCUCUUUUUUUAUUUAAUUUUUUUUUUAAGUCGAUUCGCGUCCUGCGAUUUGUUUCUGAGCUUCAACGAUAUCUGGCCGUGCAGCAUGUCACCGAGGACCGAGUCCAAACAGUCAUCUGUGCUCAUUUCCUGUGUGUCAUAAGGCUGCACUAGUCCAGUUCUACCUUUGAUCAUAUCUGACUGUCGCUCACCUUGAGCAGCCCACCUGUUGAAACACUAAAACACUGAUGGCUAAUGAACAAAUCGUUUGUGCCUGAUUAAAUUAAAUGCUGUUUACAAACACUGUUUACAAUAUGUAUGUCCCCAAAGGGGAAUCUGUAUUCAUGUGCAUGUUUACUGUACUUGCAGCUCUCUGAAGGCAACAGAAUAAGGCUUUGUAUUAUGACUGAGUGAAAAUGGCAACUGUAAUGAGCAAAACUUUGUUCAUUUAAGCAAAUAAAUAAAUAAAAUAGAUGUUUAUAA